CGGUCUCUCCUCGUCCUCGCAAUUCCGCAACCGUUCUCGCUACCCUACACAACAGCCAAAAUGCCCUUUCCCUGGAAGAAGUACCCGGUGCCUAUCGCCCGCCCACUCGCUCCUUUCAUCGCCGCCUCAUUCGUCAUCCUCUACGGCGUCAAUUCCCUCCAGAACGCCAUGGUGAACUCCGAGGAAUUCAGAAAUGACCCACGAAACCCUAACAGGCGCGUCAGUGCUGCGGAGAAGCAUUAAACUUUGAGAUGAUGAUAAAAAGCAUGCCUGCGACCGAGAUAUAGACCGCGGCAAUCAUGGGGGUUGAAUGGGAAAGCUCGGCCGGAGACCUUUGUACAUUGAUUAUAGAAUACUUCUAUUGAAAGCUCUAAGCCCCGUUUCCGAUUGAAUGUACGGAAUACUUCUUGCAGAUAGACUCUUUUACUUCCCUAUGUUGAGGC